UAGAAUGUGCCAACUUUUUUUUAUUUUAAUUAAUUUUUUAUUCCAAGGAUUACUACUAUAAAUAUGCAAUAUUGUUAACACCUUAAAAUUGGUAUAGAGAGGAAAUAUGGCUUGCAACAAAGUUGGUGUAUUACAUGUUUUCCUUUUGUGUGGUGCAAUUCUACUGAGCGUCAAUCCAGAAAUUACGUUCGCAAAAGCAUGCCCACAAUUUUGCUAUGGGGAUGUAGCGUAUAUGACCUGCCCAUCUUCAGGCAAUGAGCACCUUGCUCCUGCCUGCAAUUGCUGCCUUGCUGGAAAGGGCUGCACCCUUUAUUCUGCUGAUGGAACUUCAAUUUGUACUGCUACUUGAGAGGGGGUUUAACAUGCGAUGUUAAAUAUGUUAACAUAAAGUUGAUGAAAUAAUAUCUAAUAAAAUAAAACAAUAGACUUUAUUGUCUUUAUGUUAUGUUAAUGUACAAUAUUUAUAUAUAUAUAUAUAUAUGUUUGUUAGAAUGUUAUUUAUGAAAAUAAAAUGGAUCCAUUGUAUCAUAAUUGAUUUUGUGUAAUACAGUGAUUUAUAGUACUGGUUUCGUAUAUUA